CCCCUGUCCAGACAGAUUGCUGUCAGCCAAAAAAGUUCCACAUCAACCUCGAGGACCCGACCAUUCCAUCCUCGACGGACGACAACCCGCCCGAGCGUUCAAUGCGGCCUCCUCUCUAACUCCAGCUGCAUUUUUGGUGACAAUGCCUAAACCUUCGCCUUCUCCGCACAAACCAAGGCGAAAAGUCAAGCAGGCCGCCAAUUCGACAAGCAACAUUCACAAUGUCGGCACCGUCGAGACUAUGGCUCGCGCCCCGGCCUUCCCGCUGGCGGCCUUUCUCUGGCCAGCGAGGGGCACCGUCUCGCAAUGGGAACUACUACCUUUGAUAUUGAUGGCCGUCGGUCUCUUCAGAUGGGCGGCUGGGCUGUGGGGUUAUUCAGGCUUCGAGAAACCCCCCAUGUUCGGAGACUACGAAGCCCAGAGACACUGGAUGGAGCUCACAACUCAGCUUCCCAUCUCACAAUGGUACUUCCAUGACCUGCAAUGGUGGGGUCUCGACUACCCGCCGUUGACGGCUUACCACAGCUGGCUCUGCGGCAAGAUCGGCUCGCUCAUUGACCCAUCGUGGUUCGCCCUCUUCUCGUCCCGCGGCUUGCACGACCCGACGCUCAAGGUCUUCAUGAGGGCAACCGUUGUCGUAUCGGAAUACUUGACCUAUAUUCCCGCCAUUGUUGUCUUCGUGCGCCGCUACAGCAGGCUGAACGGCGUUGCCAACUGGUCGGCCGCAGUCGCUCUCGUUGCCAUUUUGAUGCAGCCCGCGACGAUCCUCAUCGACCAUGUCCACUUCCAGUACAACACGGUGAUGCUUGGAUUUGUGGUGGCAAGCAUGUCCAGCAUGCUCGCUGGUCGCAAUCUGUGGGCUGCCGUCUUCUUCGUAGCCGCCCUUGGGUUCAAGCAGAUGGCUCUAUACUACGCUGUUUCGGUUUUCGCCUACCUCCUCGGGAGCUGCGUGUUUCCGCGGAUCAACCUGCCGCGCCUCAUCGCGAUUGCAGGAAUCACCGUGGUGUCGUUUGCCAUCCUAUUACUUCCCCUCGUUGUUGGCGCUCUUUCCGACGCGAGGCACGGGAUCGAUUCCCGGCCGGAUAUUGACGGUCCUCGUCCGCCCUUGCCGUUAUUUCAGGGGCUUGCCGACUAUCUCGACACGGAAGCCUUUUACUACCCCGUGGUAGAGCAGUUGGUCCAGAUGGUCCACCGUGUCUUCCCCUUUGCCCGUGGCCUAUUCGAGGACAAGGUCGCCAACUUCUGGUGCGCCUUGAAUGUGGUUUUCAAGCUUAAGCAGUACCCGGCCGAACUGUUGCAGCGCGGCGCGCUCGUGGCAACAUUGGCAUCGAUCGCCCCUCCCAAUAUCGUCCUCUUCUUCCGGCCGAGAAAGGAAUUGUUGCCCCUGGCGUUCGCUUCAACAGCGUGGGGCUUCUUCCUGUUCAGCUACCAAGUACACGAAAAGAGCGUUCUGCUCCCGUUGAUGCCAAUGACCCUGCUGCUUGCGGGCAGCCACGGCCUAAACAAGUCCACUCGCGCCUGGGUAGGGUUCGCCAACCUCCUCGGCUGCUGGACCAUGUUCCCUUUGCUGCAGCGGGUAGAUCUGGCAAUGCCAUAUGCGGUGCUUACGCUGCUCUGGGCAUAUCUUCUCGGCCUACCUCCGACUUCGUUGAGUGCCUAUUUCCAAGAUGGUGGCAACAACUGGACCCAAUGGGUCACACUUUUCAUUCACGGCUCGUUCUACCUGGCCAUGACACUCUGGCACGUUCUGGUGCAAUCCCUUCAGCCGCCUCCAGACAAGCCGGACUUGUGGGUGGUGGCCAAUGUCGGUGUCGGCGCUGCUGGCUUCUCACUCUGCUAUCUCUGGUGUCUGGGGAGGUUGGUCACGCAGAGCGAAAUCCUGCCCAGGUCGUGGUUUGCGAAGAAGGAAAAGGCGAAGACCCAAUAGGCGGUCACGGCGGUCAACCCGGCAUAGCGAGUGGAGUGGGCUGAGCGGCUGGCAGUUUUAUACCCUGAAUUAUACCCGAUUCGAUUUUCUUGUACAAAUUCCCCGAGCGAUCGACUGAUUUAUGUACCUCUAACCCCCAGUGGUA